UUAAAAAUACUUAUGCAAAAAAAAAAGGAUUAAAAAAAUUAGAUUAUUAUUGCGAACGAAAAAUAUUCAAUAAUAUUGAUAAAAUAUAUAAACUUGCUGAAAAUGGAAAUUAUGAUAAAAAAACUUUUAAAAAUAUAAUAAUUAAGAAAUAUGGAUAUAAAAUUAUUUUCUUUUCUUUAUUUUGUUUGCUUGGAUCAAUAGUUCCUAUAUUAGAUUGGGCUAAUGUGAAAGUAUCACAAACGAGUCUACAGGAUUUGCAAUAUAUAAUACCUGAUUUAAGUUGUGCAUUUUUCAUACCAUAUUGCAUUAUAUUUAUAUUAACUAUUCUUUACACCUCCAUUAAAGUUGUAAAAUAUGAAAAAUUAAAAGCUGGAAAAGGUAAAAUGAAUAGAAAAGAAUAUAUUUGCUUCUGUAAAGAAAUUUUUAAUAUAAACUAG